AUGCGGAUCUCAGCAACCUGGCAGGCGAUUAGAGAGGUUUUUCCUGAUGCCGUGAUACGGGGAUGCGUCUUCCACUUUACACAGCGGAUAUACAGGAAGAUCACCACCGAGGGACUGAGUACCGCGUAUCAGCAACAUGGUGACAAGUUCGAGUUCUUUAGGAAGAUUAUGUCCCUUCCUUAUCUACUAGUUGAACAAAUUGAACCGGCAUUCAACAGGCUGAUGGAGGUUGCUGAAGGAGUCGGGGGUCCCGUGCUGCGGGUAUGUGAGAACAUUUCCCGUACAUGGAUCCACGGCAGUGUAUGGCGACCUCUCAAUUGGUGCGUGUUUAGAGAGGAGGUUCGCACGAACAACGACUUGGAAGGAUGGCAUAGACGCAUCAACGCACGAGCGUGUUCCGCAAACCUUGGUCUGUACAACUUGGCCAACCUUCUCAGAGAGGAAUUUGAGACAGUUGAUCUUCAGAUACGGCUGGUGAGCCAGCACCUUCUCACGAAGAUCAGACGGAAGAAAUAUGUUGCGAUACACGGCAGACUACAUCAAGCAUGGGAUGACUACGAAGAGGAGAAGCUGACAACCACUGAUCUACUGAGGAUCAUCAGCCAUAUCAAUGCCCUGGGACCAUCCACGGCGGUCCACCACAUGCUCGACGACGACGAGUUUUGA